GUACCUCAGGAAGUCAGGAGCCCGGACGAUCAUGUGCUGGAAGUCCUCCAGCGACAGUCGUCCGUCGUUGUCCAGGUCGGCCUCGUCGAUCACCUUCUCACAAACCAUUCUCACCUCGUCCUCCGUCAGCUCGUUGCGAGUCCACAAGACAUCCGUCAAAUCUGCAUAUGUUCUUGUGAUUCUUCAGCGGAACAUGUUACACAACAUCAGAGAACCAUUUUAAAAAGAAGCAGACGAUGUCUCUCUGCGCUCAGCCUGAGACUGGAGACGGAGAUACUCAGACUUGCCUUGAAGAUAUAGAAUCCACAAAUUCAAACUGUUUGUCGAAAAAGAAAUGUAACAUCACAGACAUUCUUAAGAAAAAUGCUUUAAUUCUGUUAACUCUGGCUGCUAUCAUCCUGGGUAUUGCCCUGGGUUUUGCCCUGCAGCCUGUCAACAUGACAGAAACUCAAAUAAAUUACUUCACCUUUCCUGGUCAGAUGCUGCUGAGAAUGUUGGAGAUGAUGCUUCUUCCUCUGAUCGUUUCCAGCCUGAUCGCAGGCAUAGCAUCUGUGGAGAAGAAGACGUAUGGAAAAAUAGGGCUCUACUCUUUUUGUUAUUACGCAACAACCACCUUCUUAGCUCUGACCUCAGGUGUUCUUUUGGCAAUAUUUAUCAAGCCGGGAAAAUCUCCAGAGCACAUUACAGCGACCUCUGUUGGAAAUUCAACCCCCAUGCAGACUCUAGACGCCUUUCUUGAUUUGAUCAGAAAUAUGUUUCCUUCAAAUCUUGUGAAAGCUUCUUUCAGUCUGUAUGUAACAGUUUAUUCUGAGAAGAAAACAUCAGGUGAUGAUAACGCCACUGAAAGUGAAACAGUACCAAUACCAGGCAGCACAGAUGGGAUGAACAUCCUAGGUUUAGUGGUCUUCUCCGUCGGCACCGGGGUCAUCCUGAACUACAUGGGUGAUGAGGGUAAACCCAUGAGAGACUUCUUCGACUGCCUCAGCAAAGUCACCAUGCAUCUGAUUAGUGUUAUCAUCUGGUACUCUCCGGUCGGAAUUCUCUUCUUAGUUGGAGGGCAGAUUUUGAAAAUGAAAGACAUGGGUGUGAUUGGACGUCAGAUUGGCAUGUACACUGUCACUCUGGUCACCGGCCUGGCCCUCCACUGCCUGGUGGUCCUGCCUCUUAUCUAUAUUGUAAUCACACGUAAAAAUCCCAUCAGGUUUGUGAGCGGACUGCUGGAGGCUCUGACCAUGGCUUUUGGCACUUCAUCCAGUACUGCGACCCUCCCAGUCACCAUCCACUGUCUGGAGACGUAUCUUAACAUGGACAAGAAGGUGACACGUUUCAUGGUGCCGAUGGGAGCGAUCAUGACCAUGGAUGGCACAGCCCUCUACGAGGUCGUCGCCUCCAUAUUCAUAGCCCAGGUUUAUCACAUCAACCUCAGUGUCGGACAGAUCAUCCUGAUUGGUAUAACUGCUGAGGUCGCUGCAAUCGGUGCCACCGGAGUUCCACAGGGGGGCCUCGUCACCAUCACCCUGGUGCUGUCAUCAGCUGGACUCCCACUGGAGGGCAUUUCACUGAUCGUCACAGUGGACUGGAUAUUGGAUCGUCUGAGAACCAUCACCAAUGUGAUGUCUGAUGCUUUUGGCGUGGGUGUGGUCAAUCACCUGGCUGGACCGGAGCUGAAGAGCUCCAUGGACGAAUGUUUGGAGGAUGAUGACACAGAUUUAUUUUCAGUGAAGACUGAUGCCAACUGACUGACUGAUGUGACUGGACACGUAGUAGGUGGUAAAACAGUGGUUUUUACUGUGGAAUUUCCAGGUGAGGUGGAUGGAAGAAAGUGGAUUUUCUCUUCUUAACUUUAUGACAUCAUUCUUGUUCAAUUUCUUGGUCAACUAUGUUGUUUUCUUACAAACAGUAUCAGAUUAAAUGUAUUCAUUGGAUUAAGUUCACAAAAUGCAUUUACGUCAAGGUCCGUUCACGUCUUUUAUUACAACUGUAUAAUCGUUCACAGCUAAAAUAUACACAUUUACAUUCACGAGAUAAAACUUCCAUCACUGCCAUAUAUUAUAAUUUAUGGAUAUU